GCUUUUGCCGGACACUGAUAAUUUCCACCUAGAGCGUGUAAAUAAACCUGCGCCUUUCUUACGACCUAUCGUUGGCUUUCGAUAUGAUCGAUUAAGCGUUAUCGUUGUUGUUGUUGUUGUUGCCCUUACGACGCAAGUGCGUUAUAAGCUUAGAAUAAGUGUAAGACCUGGAUAGGACAAGGACCUACAUAGCAACGAACUUGUGAACUCAAAAAGUGUUAGAGCAAGGACAAGUGGAACGAAUUUAGAGCUCAUAGGGGUUUCUCGUUGGAUGAGAAAGGCUGAUGCUAGUAGUUGUAGUGAAUGUACGCGGAUCGAGGCCAACGGGGGUUGCCAGAGACUGAUUUCGUCAGCGGGCUACCACUAGAAAGGGUGGCUUGCCUUGCGUGUCAAUACACAUCAAUGAUUCAGUUGCGAUGUCAACCAUGGAACUUCAGUUUAACCAGUGUGAUCGUUUUGGCGCUGUCCAAUAUGCUGCUGACCUUCUUACUACUACAAUCGGAAACUUGUGUUCAGAAUUCGAUAGGUCGAGAACUCGAGAUAAAUGCCGUUACGGAUUGGAAUCUCGGUACCCUGCUCAAGGAGCAACAGGAAGAUUGUGCUACGCGGGAUUAUCGAAAUACAGCAGCUGACAGGCUUAAGCUCGACGUGACACUAGGCAGAUGGGAUGCCCGUAGGCUUUUCAAAACUUUUGACUCGAUCUUUGUCGGUUCGAGAUUCUCUGAGCUCUCGCAGACAUAUCGAGUUUGUUUGGCUACGCAGAGUUCUGUUGAAAAAUUACACUCAAUUGUUCAAGUUGCUCAUCAGUGGACCGGGCCGAUGUCCGUUGCUUUGUACGUAGCCGGUGAUGAAGAAUUUGAAGUUCUGCAAAAGUAUUUGCUUUAUCUUAAAAAGUGUUACGAACCUGUACGCGAAAGGAUAUCUUUUUCUUUGGCCGUGCCAAAGGUCAGACCGCCCAAGAAACAACCCCGUGCUUUCACCUUACCCGAAAUCAUUGAUUGUGCCAAACCGGAAGCUACUCUAAACGAACUCGUAUCCGGUAUUUCCGUCGAACAAACGAACUGGAGAAUGCGAAACGUUUAUCCCCAAAAUCACAUGCGGAAUCUAGCUAGGAAGAAUUGCCAAUCCGAUUACGUUUUCUUAACGGACGUCGACAUCAUACCAAGCCCCAAUUUAACCGGUGCUUUAGACAACUUCCUUAAGAAUGAGAACUGCGACAAGUGCGCCUACGUCAUACCUACGUACGAACUAGACUUGCGUGUUUGGUUUCCAACCGAUAAAUCAGACUUGGUCAGAUUCGCUAGGAAAGGCCUUGCCAGACCCUUUCAUCAAAAGGUUUUCAUCCACAAUCAAUUUGCCACAAACUUCACAAGGUGGGUGUUGGACGUGUCACCAAGUCACAAAAAUUACGAGAACGUAAAAUACGGAAAAGUUUACGUAAGUCACAACGUGACAAAUUUCGAAUUCCUUUACGAGCCGUUCUACGUGGCAAAGGAUACUGCGCCAGCUCACGAUGAGAGAUUCAUGGGAUACGGAUAUACGAGAAACACACAGGUUUAUGAGAUGUUUGUGGCUGGCUAUCAAUUUAAGGUACUUUCUCCAGUAUUUACCGUGCAUUGGGGCCUGCAGACGAGAAAAAGUAGACCUUCCUGGCGUGAACGGCAAAAUAGCGCUAAUAGAAAACAUUUCGAAAUGUUUAAGAAAGAAGUUUUUGCUCGUUAUAUGCGAGAUCCCUUGAAGAUGAUGAAAAAUACAAACUGACGAAAAUAUCAUCGGGGAAUUCGUUGAACUCUUUACAAUUUACCGUCCUUUUGAACGACAUAGUUUAACACAAACUUGAGAAUUCAGUUUUAUUGACUUAAAAAAAGCCUCUCUUUCGUACUCUUAAUAUUUACAUCUGUAUUUUAAAAAACACACAGCGCACAUACACAGCCAGACAUGUACAAUAUUUUUAGUAGAAAUUUUUAUUGCUUUACUUAUUAUUAUUUACCCCUAAAGAGAUAUUUAAAUC